AUGAUCGGUGAUGAGGAUCUUAUUGAUCCGAAGGUAUUGAUUGGCUCGCUGGUGAUGUCAUCUGUCAAUCUGGUUCCAGGAAGUUCUGCAGCUGGCAAUGGAUCUUCAGCGGGACCUCCGGGGCCCCCAGGACCGGCUGGACUCAACGGGAGAGAUGGGGUGAGAGGAGAGCCGGGAGCUCCGGGACCCGCCGGACAGAAAGGUGACACGGGGGCUCCCGGUGACCCCGGCCCAUCCGGCGUCCAGGGCCCAGCGGGGGAGAAAGGAGACAGAGGUGACAGCGGGACGGAGGGAACGCCGGGACCACCGGGAGCGCCGGGGAACACCGCACAGAAGGGAGACAAAGGAGAAGCAGGAGAGAGAGGGAACGUCGGCCUGACAGGAAGCAGCGGCGCGCCAGGUGUGACCGGAACACCGGGACAGCCAGGACUGAAAGGAAAUGUGGGGGCCCCUGGCGUCUCCGGUCCGCAGGGCCCAGAAGGACAGAAGGGAAGUAAAGGAGACAGCGGGAGUCCCGGGCCUGCAGGCUUUAUAGGAGUAGCCGGGCGCAACGGAGAGAAGGGCCAAAAGGGAGACGCAGGAACAAAGGGAGAUGGCGGCCAGAAAGGUGACCGAGGACUGGCAGGGCUCAAUGGUCUACCGGGGAGCAAGGGAGAGAACGGAGCCGCUGGCCCUCCAGGACCAAAGGGGCAGCCUGGGGAGAAGGGGAGUCUCGGGCCUCCAGGACCUCCUGGACCACCAGCUAAAGCUGCAGAUGUUGUGCGGAUCGUUGGAGGGAGAAAAGGCCGAGUGGAAAUUUAUCACAACAACGAGUGGGGAACGAUCUGCGAUGAUGAGUGGGAUGCUAAAGACGGACUAGUCAUCUGUAAAAUGCUGGGCUACACCCGGGUUGUGACAACGUACACCGCCGGUGGAGGUGUGGGGAAAAUGUGGCUGGAUGACGUGAAGUGCACCGGAAGUGAGACGAGUAUCCUGCAAUGCCUCAAAUCCGACUGGGAGAAGCACAACUGUAACCACAGCGAGGACGCCGGCGUGGAGUGCUCCUAGUGCCACAUCGGGGGAAGGGGGAGCUGUGACCA